AAGCCACGAAGCGAAGCCAAAAUAAUUUUCAAGGUCCCAAACAUCGGCCACUCACUCAUCAGGCAAUAGUAACCCCUCUGCCUCUCCAUCUCGAACGACAACAUACGACAAUAUACAUACUAGUACUACUAGCUAGCUAGUAUAUACAUAUGAUGUAUUCACGGCUCUUGGUGAGGACUCCUCGAGGGUCUGGCAGUAGUCGUAGUAGGAUCCUCAACUACUACCCGGCCGUUCCUGUGAUUCUCACUGCCUCUUUGGUAGACCAUUCGUCGACGAGAACAACCACAACAUCAACACAACAACAACAAAAGAACAAGACACGUCUCGAGGAAGAUCCCAACAAUAAGAAAGAGGAUGCUGCCAGUAAAAACAAUAGAAAAGACAAUCCAGUAUUUGAUAUUACUCAAAAAUGGAAGGAAGCUCGCAAUGCCAGCGACUUUUGGAAGUCUACCAUUUUCACAGAACAAGACGACAAGAAGACGACAACAACUGCCAAGGAUGACACUACAACAACAAAGCCACUCAACCCACAGGAUGGAACCAAAGAGGGUCUGGAAUCCCUUCUCGUUGGAAAAAUGCAAAAGUUUCUGGGGGUAGCACAACAAUCGGACAACAACAGCAACGACAAAACCACUGCAGCCACCAAAGAAGAUAUGGCCACCACGUUCCAAGACAUGGCCGCCAGCUUUACGGCCGUCUUGGCGGGAGGAGGCACACAAGAUUCCAUUCAACGCGUCGUCAAUCAAGCCCGACAAAGUGCCGAACAGGGGGACGUCAGCGACAAUAAGAGCCUCGAUGAAGUCUUGGCCGUUUUGAAAGAAUACGCCAUGGCUCUGGAAGCAACCGCCACCAAGUUUUUGGGACAGGUCGAUCUCUCCAAUCUGUUCCCCACCAAUCUAUUCUACUAUGUCGAACACGAAGAUGCCGUCAAAAAUCCGAGUUGGAAACGACGCAUGCAUCGAUUCUAUCCGGGAAUUGAUCUCGGGAGAAUGGAGGAUUUGAACGACGACUUGCAACUGGCUUUCUUGAGUUAUGCCGAUUCGGUAGACGAGAUUCAAGAGGGACUCGAAAAUCACAAGACACCCUUUCAGGUGGUAUUGGUCGAUACCAAUAGUUAUCCCAAUCGACCGGCACAUUUCAUUGCGGUCAAACGAUCACAACCCAUUUGGAGUCCCUACCUCGAAGUGCUAGUGUGUGUCCGCGGUACCAAGACUAUUGAAGAUGCACUGACCGAUCUACUCUGUGACGACGUGGCGUACAAGGGCGGAAAGGCACAUUCGGGGGUAUUAGAGGGUGGAAGAUAUUUGGCAGAGAAACACAAGCCACUACUAUUAGAGUUGUUAAAGUCAUCGGGAAAACCAAAAAUGAAAGUACGGUUGAUUGGACAUUCGCUCGGAGCUGGUGCGGCCAGUAUCAUUGGCAUGGAGUGGAACGAUGACCCAAACUUGGAAGUGGAGGUGAUUGGAUUUGGAUGUCCUGCACUCUUGUCCAAGGAGCUGUCGGAAAGUACCAAGGGAUACAUCACAACGGUGAUUGCUGACAAUGACUGUGUCCCGCGGUUGAGUGCAGCGGCAACGGUCAAUGCAUUGCUGGAUAUCAUGGAAUUUGACUACAGAUCUAGCGCCCGACGAGAUGUAAAGCAUUCCAUUGAAGAGCUGCAGCGCAUGUACCCCAUGAUCAUCACCAAAGGCCUCAGUCGAAAAAUUACCGAUUUUGUGGAUCCUCUCAUGGAGGAAAUGCUGGCGGGUUCCAUCAAGGCAACGAGUCAAAAGCGCAUGGACCCGGUGCUGUUUCCACCGGGCAAUAUCAUUCACUUUUAUCGCGAUGGAGUCGGCGUGACGGGAAGUGUCUGUCCGUGUGAGUUUUUUGGUGAAUUGGAUAUCAAUCGGCGCAUGGUGGAUGACCACUUGUUCUUUUCUGGAUACCAACAAAUAUUCCUGGAACUGAUGCGACAACAUCACCAAGAUCAUUACUUUAGCUUUGAUCAUGGUGAGGUGCCCACCACCAAGAAAAAAUAAAAAGCAAGUUAUCCACU